AUGGAUUUCUACUCGACGUCCUUCACUAUUCCGCGCUCCAUCGGUGCCAGCAGUUUUGUCACGGAGACUACCAAUCCCAACGGCAGCAUUACAGCAGCAUCGUCGUCGAGCUUCAGCCUCGAGGCUCCUCGUCCUGGCUCUCAUGUAGGUGCGCGAACUGCGCCCACAGCUUCGGCUGCUCCCGAGCCACCUGCCUCUUCGUUGCCAGGCCGCUUCACCUCGAUGCGCUCCCGUUUUCCUCCUAGCGUCAAGGCUUUCAUGCCCAGUGCGUUUGGCGGCAAGCGCACCAGCGACAGGAUCGUCGAGGCUGUCGGCGCAGAAAAAGCAGAGGCCGACGCUGCCACCGGCUCCUCUUCUCAACCUGUUAAAGCCGAACCCGAGCAGUCGGCGCCGCUGGCCCCUAUCGGCGAGAGGGGAAAUGCUCGUCCUUCCAAGCUCGUCAAUCCCAGUCUGGCCAACAUGGAUGACAACGGUAGCAGCCAGCAUCGUGACAGCAGAUCCACCGUUGGCACUCGGUCCAGCUUUGACAUUUCAUCGGCAGCCUCCUUCACCGCAGACAGCACCGCUGCUAGUAGCGCCAUCGGCGUCAACUCGUCGAGCACCACCCAUUCGGCUUCCAAUUCGAUCUCGGCCAACCAUGUGCAGCAGGAUCGAGGCAUCUCGCUUUCACAGAGCAGCAAAGAUCUUCAAGAAGCUAUCCAGAAACUCAGCUCCGAUAUCAUGGCCAAUCACCAGUGCCUAGUCUCGUUUGCUUCAGUGCCGCAAAACGACGAGUCGCGCAUGCCCCCAACCCCGCUCUCGCAUCCCUUUGCUCGCCAGAGCUCCUUCUCUUCGUUGCAGAGCCUCGAUCAAUUGCCUUUUCCCAAUCCAAAUGGAUCUUCCGGCUAUCCCUAUCAGCAGUACCAUCCACAGCCCAUCGGCACGCCUGACUCGCACUCGUCCGCCUUCUUCCCUGGACGCGCCGCUGGAGAAGCGCUCGGUUCUGGUUUCCCCGGCCUCAACUCAAGUUCGCUCUCGCUCUCGUCGCUCAAUCCGCCCGCGUCUGGCAGCCACGUCGCCCAAGAGGUCGGUCUCUCGUCCGCUCAGCCGCUCCGGUCGCCGCAGCCAAAUGCCAUUGGUGCUUCGCGAGCCAGCCUCAGUAGCAUGCCCAAACCACCGCAGUACAACUUUCAUCUCAGCGGUGGCUACCAACAGGUCAUGAAUGCUCGAGGCACCAUCUUACGCGAAAAUCCGUUCAAAUCGACCUCCUCCAUCAAAGUGCCGCGCGCCGAUGUGUUCGACGUCGCACCCGCCUCGUCGCCUCCCGCAAAAGAGAGCAUCAAGGAAGAUGUGCGUCGCAAACUCGAUGAAGUACAGACCGCCACGGGCGCAACCAUCACGCUCAAAAACAGUGAAGUGCGCGGCGCUGAUCUCGGCUAUGGCCUCGAGACCGAGCGCAUCGUCGAGGUGCUCGUCUCGGGAACCUUUGAAAGUGUCGAGUUGGCCCGGGUCAAGGUGCUCGUCAUCUUGGACGAGAUUGCUGGGCUUCGAUCCGAGACAUGCGAGAUCGACUACAAGUUGCACAACAUCAUCGGCGGCCGCAAGCGCUGCGUUGUGCAGAAGAUCGAGGAAGAAACGGGCACCAGCAUCUACUUGCCAAGUUCUUUUCUCGGCACCUUCGGCUCGAGUCUUGCCAGCCGCAACGACGGCAAGGCAGUCGCGGCUCAUCAAAAUCAAAUCCACAUCACGGGCGAAUUCUUUGGCGUUCAGCGUGCACGCGACAUGCUUUUCCAGGUGUCGAUGCACAAGAGCAAGGGCAUCAUUUCACGAGAUGCAGCUAUCCUACCUCGCAAGCUCGAUUGGAUGCUGACCGACCGUCUCGAGGAGCUCCGAUCCAUCAUGAUCGACAACGGCACCUUUGUCGCCUUCCCAUUGCUCGGCAGUCAGACCAGCGUCAUCUCGGUCUUUGGCGAUCAUCGCGUUAACAUCGAACGCACAAUCCGAUCCAUCAUGCAGCUUGCGUGCCAGUUCUACGUCGCCUCGCUCUGGCUCUUACCCGUCGGUUUCGACGUCUACAUGCCAUCUCCACAGGCUAAUCUCAAUCCAACGCAGGUCGCGCCCAUGCUCAAGCACGUCGCCAACGCUUCGGGCGCCGAGGUGGUGUUCAAGAGCAACUGCUUCGAGAUUCACGGUCUCGAGUCCGAGGUGCGAACCGCCGUUUCGGCGUUGCUCGAACUCGAGUUGAUCAAAAGCUUCAACUUCGAAGUGCGCUUCCAGAUUGAGCUGGCCAACGAGCACCGUGAGUUUAUCUCGGGCAAGAAGAACGGCAAAGUCAACAAGGUCAUGAAGCAGUGUGGCGUGCGCAUCAAGUUUGAAACAUUCAAUGACUACAACUUCCUAAUCGACGUCUCGGGAAACGAUCGCAACGGAGUUUUACAAGGCCUCGGUCUUUUACAAGAGGAGUUGCCAGCCGAGAUGUCGUUCCACGUCCCCGAGGCGUACCACAAACGCAUCAUUGGCGUCGGUGGCAAGAACAUCCAACGCAUCAUGAAAAAAUUUGGCGUCUAUGUCAAGUUUAGCAAUGCCGAGGAGUUUGCUGCGCUCGGAGGUUACCUCGAUAACGAAGAUAACGUCAUCGCACGAACACCGGCCAAAAAUGCUGCCAACCUUGAAAACCUCAAGCUGUCGGUGAUGGAGCUGGUCAAUCCCAAGGACAAGGACUACAUCAGUGAGACGGUCACCAUCUCGCGUCGCUACCAUCGAACUUUGCUUGGCGAGAAGGCCAUCUUCAUCCAUGACAUUGAGAGCAAGACAAGUUCCAGCGUUCGCUUCCCUGCGCGAGAGUCAGCCUCGGAUCUGGUGACCAUCUUCGGACCCGAGUCGCAGAUUCACAUUGCUGCGCAGAUGCUUCUCGACCACGUUCCCUUUGAAGCCGAGUUCCGCGCCCCCAACUCGACCGAGCUCGGCGAUGCUAUUCACAGUGCCGAGUUUGCUGCACUCGCUGAGCAGCUCAAGCGCGACCUCAGUAUCUCUGUCUCGCCUGUCAUUGAGCAGCGACGACCCGGUGGCGAGGCCGUCUUCAAGUUGCGGCUCAACAGGAGUAACACCGACUUCCUGCCCACGGCAAAGGAUGCAAUCGAGGAUUUCCUCAUCAAUCGCAACGCCAACAUCUACGCUGCACCCUCUCGAACUCGCUCCGAUUCGUUUGCAUCGGCCUUCCCGCACUUUGCCAACAAGUUGAUCUCGACGGCUGGCGCGGCCGAAUCAAAUGAAUCGUUCAACACUGCGGCCGCAGCGGCAGCCGCCGCGGCCGAACAGGCGCGUGUGAAUGAGCGCAGGCUGCGUGCUGCUGCCUCGACACCCGAUAUCAAAGCGCUCUUUGAUGCACCGUCCCAGCACCUUCAUGGCGGCCCAGGAUUUGCGUCGAGCAAUGGCGGAAGCGCAGCUACAGCUGCUAACUCGCCUUUGAUCACGUCUCCGCUCUACACUUCGCCGUACGGUAACGGUCGUGGGUUUGGCAGUGAUGUGUGGGGCGCUCCUACACGUGCCUUCACAGCCAGUAACGCUAGCAACGCCACGCCAAGCUUGAUGGGGUUGCCUCCGCCUUCCGUCGGAACGCCUGGCGCAGGCCUCGUUAGUGCAGCUGGACCUGGACCCAUCGGGGCUGGAGUCAGUGUGCCAACGAGUGGCGGGAUCCAGUUUCCCUCGCAGCCUAGCCUGCACCAGCAAAGCGGACAUCGGCUGUCGGACGAGAUGCACAUGAACCGAGGCUUGGAGGGCAUGUCGAUGGAAGACCGCGUCAAGGCGCUUCGAAAGCCUCGCUCGUUUGCGCAUCGGGCACAGAGUUUGGACAUUGGCGCCAUGGCAGCGCAGCAGGCCUCGCAGCAUGCAAGUGGAAGCAUGAGUGUUGGCCCGUCGACGCCUUACGGUCUUGGUCCUAUCGGCACGGGUGCCCCUGGCAUGUCUGGCCACUUCCCUGGCAUGACAAGCUCGCAAGGCACCUUUGGCGGUGGUGCACCUCACCACCUCUACCAGCCUCCAACACCGCAGCAGCAGGCACAGCAGCAACUCCAAUACCAACAGCAGCAGCAGCAACAGCAGCAACAGCAGCAACAGCCGGGUUACGGCAUGCCGCAUCAACCUCAGCACUUUCAUGCGUCUUCCGCUAGCAUCUCGCGCCUUCCGCCCGGUCGCAACACACAGAACCCUGAUUCGACCACCAUGGACGAGGUGAGCCGGGUGCUUGCUCAACUCGCUUUUGACCGGGCUUGA